UAACAGUUGCAUAGUAGGGUACGAAUAUUGAUCAAGGGUUGCCUGUGUUAGUGCGCACCCCUCGCUGCGCGCUAGUGUGCGUGACCCUCGCCCGUGUGCCGGCCAUCGCGCCCCGAGAUAUCUCACGAAAUUUAUAAACACUAAAUAUACGAAUACUCCAACUAAAAGUAAAAACUCUCCCGAAAAAGGGAUAAUUCGUAAUGGAAAGUAGAGACCGCGUCAAUAUCGUCGUAAAACGCGUUCGACUAUAAAAAUCAAUAAAUCACGUAGCGAAUCCUCUAAUAAAAUAUAACGUCCGCGUGGAGUGCAUAACAGUGCUGCUUGCAUUUCAGUGAUCUAAAGAACUACCGAUGUUUAAUCACAAGCUACCGACUGACUUUCCAAUGCAAACCCUUCGUAAGAAAACCAGCCCUUGCAAAUAGAGUCUGAGGCGGCGAGCGGCGGCGGAGUAACUCUAGUACGUUUAGUAAGGGCAAUAUGCAGGUGUGUCAUUUCCAGCAUCUCUUGAGGCAGUUCGACAAGAACGAGCCCGGCCGUUUCCUGGGCGAGGGGGUGUCGUUCCGGGCGAAGCUGAUCGGAGUGUUGGAAGUGCCGGAGGCGCGGGGGGACAGGAUGUGCCAGGAGGCGCUGGCGGACCUGAAGAUGGCGAUCCGGGCGGCGGGCGAGCACAAGCAGCGGAUACAGGUGCACGUCGCCAUUGAUGGCCUGAGGCUGCGGGAUGACAAGACUGGCGACUCGCUAUACCACCAUCCCGUUCACAAGAUCUCCUUCAUCGCCCAGGACAUGACGGACUCGCGCGCGUUCGGCUACAUAUUCGGCGCUCCUGAUACCGGCCACCGAUUCUUCGGCAUUAAGACUGAUAAAGCUGCUAGUCAAGUAGUCAUAGCAAUGCGGGACCUGUUCCAAGUGGUGUUUGAGCUGAAGAAGAAAGAGAUAGAGCUAGCGAAACAGCAGCUCGAAGGAAAAUCGGUUACCAGCAGUCUAGUGAGGCACACUUCCGCCAUCACUGAUGUUAAAUCUAAGAGUAUCACAACGAUCGGGGAGACGAGCACAUCAACUCCCAAAAAUCAAGAUACAUCCGAAGGAGGCGUCGCAGAAUUAGUAGAUUUGGAGCAAGAGCUGUGUUCUUUGAGGAGGGGGCUCACGCAGGUUGAGGGCCUGACACCGUCCACUGACCCGUUUGGAGACUCCUUUAUAGCGCCGUCACAGAAAGGUCUUUUGCCGCCGCCCCCCGGCGUCAGUACCACGGCGCGAUCGCGCUCCUCAACAUUCGCGUCCGCCUCCGCUACCGCUUCCGCUUCCGCGCCAGUGACCGCUUCCGCGCCGCGCACCGUAUUCAGUCCCAAUAAGACGCAACUGCCUUUCGAUCUGCCACCUGAGUUGGAGCCGCCGGCGCCGCAGCGGGUCGAGCCUGAAGCUCCGGUCCGGACAUCGACGGCGCUCGGUUACGACGUAUUCACCGAACUAGACCCCCUCGGCACGGGCCGGAGUAAACCUUACGUUGACAAAAAACUCUUCUUUCAGGAGCUCAAAAAUCCGCCAAAGAAAGUGCUCAAAGAUCUCGUCCCGACCACUCAAUCUCUCCUAACAGAAAUGACAGAAAAAGAGUACGGUCAAACGACUAUGACGUCAUUAACGCGGCACUCUGGUGGCACGGUUUCUAUCGGACGGCCAUUGUAUUCCGCCGGGAAUUUUUUCGCGCAGAUCGAUCCGUUCGAGGAGACAGAUCCGUUUGACAGCACUGAUCCUUUUUCGGAGUCAUUUAAGGAGGAUCCUUUUACGAGUAUGCAGGAGUUUCCGAAACAGAGACGAAUUAAGAAUUCGAUGACGAUGCGGGAGGAGUACGGUCGGAAGCUUGAUAGAGCGGAGUCGCAAUCGCAGCAGACGAAAGUGCUAUCGCAGUCGCGGCCGGAAACGCAGUUGCGGCCGGAAUCGCAGUCGCGGCCAGAAACGCAGUCGCGACCGGAAACGCAGUCGCAGACGGAGGGGAAGAAUGUGUUCAAUGGGCCGCUGCAGGUCACGUUGCCACCUGAGCCCAUUCCUAAGUCUCCUAGGCUACAAAGACAGAACACAGACACAAGCACAAUCCGGCAACGUCCACAACCCAGUUCCAAACUAAACGCCGAAAGCGCUUCACCCCCACCGCCCCUACCUCCAAAGAAAGUUGGCGAGCUCACAGUAACCCGCCGCCCACCUCGGCCCCCUCAGAUCGAGGAGGAGGGCCCACCGCUACCACGGCCGGCUAGAAAGAGGGAGCCUCUGGCGGACCGCAGCAUGAAGCCACGUCUAUCAUCAGCAGCCACAACUAGUAGUGAGGACGAGUACCUAUCGCCCGCACCACCCCCCCUGCCCGCCGCACGAAGGUUCGACAUCACUCUCAGUCAGCUGCUCACUUGCAGUAUGGAGGAGUUAGCUCACAGGUUAAGAGUUCCUGCGGCGACGCUGUCGUCCAUGACGCUACCUCAACUCACGGAUUACCUCCGGUCCUACCUUGCUGCCGACAAUGAUAGAGCGCAUAUCCACAUAGAACCUUCACAAUCAGAUAAAGAAAAAGACAGACCUCCACUUUCCAUAGCGAUGUCGUCCACAAUAUCCGACAAACCCCCUCCAACGGCCUCAUCAGUUACGUCCAUAUCGUCCGACUUCAAGCCGCAGUUCGAAGACGACUUCGCUCCGACAGAAAUGGGCGAAUUCGUCGCGAACUUCGAAGAUUUCGACAUGAAAGCGAACCCUAGCUACGACCGAUAUGCCGCGUUUAGGGAAAUACAAGAACAAGAAAUGCAAGCUAAAUCCGUAUUAGAUCCUAUUGAUGAUAAAAACGCCGAAGAACUUAAACAAGAUUCAGACGAAAAAGAAGAAUUAUCCGCAAUAAACGAUAUAAUGAUAGCCAAUCAAGACGAAGUAAAGGAAAACGAUCGUAGUCCCCUAAAAACUUUAGACGAACUAACGUUAGACUCUUUCAACAUGUUCAGAAAAUCCGUCAGUCCGAAACCGACGCAAAUUGAUGCCAAAAUCGAAGACAUAAAAUCCGUUAUGAAGAAUUUGCAAUUAGAACAGUCUAGAAGAUCUGUGUCGCCUAGAGAAAAUAACACAGAAAUUAAAAUUGAAGGUAAUAACGAUAGAUAUGCGGCGUUACGUGAAAUAACUAUAACAGAGCCACAAGACGAAUUUGAGUCAUUACCACCCGAAGCGCCUAAAGAGCGAAAACGAUCCGAUGAGAAAUCAGAUGGGUUCGAUAACAGUGACUUCUUUGACUGUAUUGACAACAGCAGUCUGUCCUUCUCACACGUGGAGGAAGCGUUCAGGAAGAGUCCGGUGGUGAAAGAGAAGGAAGAGGUGAAGGAAAAGCCGGUAGAGUUGGCGCCCGUGAGGGAUCUGCAGCCGCCGCAGAGGCUGUCUACAGGGUCUAUUAGCGAUGUGGCUAGCGGGUCGUCACCGGAUACUAAAGAAAAAUGCGUGUCGCGCGGCGCCGGCCGCUCCGGUCGUUGGGCUGUUCUCGGCGCUGGCGCCUCGCCCUGGUCGUCGGACUCGCGCGACUCGGAGCCGCGGCACGCGUGGCGCGACUCGCGCCGUCGCCGCCACCACAGCCCGCCGCCGUCCGGGACCGUGCAAACGUCCUCAUCGUCGCGUGACGUGUCGCCGUGGGAUGAAGAACCCCCACCGAGCCGCCUGCAGCGACCUCUGCAUCGCGAUCGAGAGUCUAGGCAUAACUCAUCGCAAGGCUCAAGAGAAUGCCUGGACUCUGGCAGCGGGCGAGAGAAGGACAAAAUACGAGACAAAAGAGACAGCCGCGACAGAGACAGAGAUCUCAGCAGAGAGGGACGGGAAUCUCGAAGGGAUUCAGGUAGUGGUCGGGAUCGCCGUGACGUUAGCAAAGAACGUGACCAUAGAGAUCGGCAUCGGAGGAGUAGAGAUAGGGAAAACGACACGUGGGAUCGAGACAGAACAUACAGCAGGGAGAGAGAGCGGGACAGAACGUAUAGCAGAGAGCGGCCGAAGGAUUACAGGGAUAAAGAAAGGGAUAGACAUAGGAAGCCGCGGCAUUCGUAUGAUGAGGAAGAGGAUUACAGCGACGGUUGUGGGUCUGGCAGAUCGUCUCCCAGGGGAUGGAGCUCCGACCAGCGGUGGCGAAGUAACGAACGAAAUUAUGGGUCAUUGGGGUGGCGUGAGUCGAGGCGGCGGAAUGAUGGCAGGCAGGUAGACGAGCUUAGCGAACGAAGGUACGGAUCGACGCUCGCCUGGCCGUCGCGUCGCUCCAACAACAGUUCCUCCCGCCGCGAUUCCGAUCGCGACACCCGCGACCCCCGCGACCCCCGUGACCCUCGCGACCCCCGCGAGCGUGACCCUCGUGACCCCCGCGACCCGCGCGAACCCCGCCGCCGCUCGAGACGUGAAGACCCCCGGCAACGGCGUGACUAUCGGUUCUCGAAUGACUUCUCGCCGCGGGAGCGGACGAGUCCGUUCGACAAUGAUUUUACUGAGCCCCCGCCAGCGAGGAAGAAGGCGCCUUAUGCGAAUCUGGAAGGGACGAGAUUCGCCUUCGAGUCCGAAGAAAUCACCGCAUCCCCCCUCUCGACGGGCAGCGCGCGGCACGACGAGUCAACGUCGCGGUUCCGCUUCGACUCGGACUCCGUGUCGCCGCGCUCCAUGUUCGAGGACGACUUCACGCUGGCCACGCCCCGCGGCCGCACCGCCUCCAUCGCCGAGGAGGACGAGGACGUGCCUCCGCUGAGGCCCAAGCCCCAACCGACCCACAGGGACAUCAAAAAAUCUGAAUCCGUCAACAUCUUCACCCGCGAGUCCGACCCGUUCGAGGGCGACGACUUCUUCGCCUGCACCGGCUCGGACCGCGCCGCGCGCCGCGAGAACUGGCCCGGGGACUUCCAGGGGUUCAAUGCGUGAGGACGAGUUCGCUUCGUCGCGCCUCGUGUGACCAUAGACUAAACGAUGGACUCUAGGAAUACAGUCUGUAAUGUCUAUGGGGUGACAGACGGCGUUUAUGAAAAGUAAUGAAGACUAGACAGAAUAGUAUGACGGAUCAGACCGCGCCGGGGGACUUUCAGGGGAUGCGUGAGGCCGUGUUCGAUUCGUCGUGUGACCAUAGACUAAAUAAUGGGAUUCUAGGAAUACAGUCUGUAUGUCUAUAGGGUGACAGACGGCGUUUAUGAAAAGUAAUGAAGACUAGACAUAAUAGUAUGACGGAUCCGACCGCGCCGAGCGCCGAAGGACUUUCAGUGGCUUAAUGCGUGAAGCCGAGUUCGAUUCGUCGUGUGACCAUAGACUAAAUAAUGGGACUCUAGUAAUACAGUCUGUGAUGUCUAUGGGGUGACAGACGGCGUUUAUGAAAAGUAAUGAAGACUAGUGUGACAGACGGAAUAGUAUGAAGGAUCCGACCGCGCCGCGCGUCGGGGGGCUUUCAGGGGCUUAAUGCGUGAGGCGGUGUUCGAUUCGUCGUGUGACCAUAGACUAAAUAGGCGCACUUGUUUAUGGUGUGACGUACAGCGUUAAUGAAGAACGGAAAAGACUUGUUAAGCUUUGGCGUGCGGCUAAAGACAGAAUGGUGUGACGGUUCCAGACCCGGUGGCCCGGGGACUUCCAAGGAAUCAACGCGUGAGGCUGAGUACGUUUCGUCGUGUGAUUGUAGAAAUGAUGGACGCAGGGGACGGACGUUUUUUUUAAGAAUAGCGAAGUUUUCUCCGUCGUGUGUGCUUAGGUAGUGCAGAGUUAUAUGUCUCAGCCUGCCUAUACGCCUUAUCAAACCUGUGACCAUGGACGAAAUAAUAGUCUUACACAACCCUAUGACCACCAUACACAGCUGAAUUCAGAGCUUUUCUUAUUGUGUGCUAACAGAUUUCCUGUGUCAUAGACAGUUCUAUCUGAAAUAGGUCAGUUCCAGGUUCCAGGUUUCCGUGACCGAUCUAUUUAUCAGUCAUGUGGUGGCCAUUAUAAAUGUGAAUGGUGUGACGAAACAGCGUUUGAGAACCGAAUAGUGAAAAGUCUUGCCAUAUGAGGAUCUCACCUUAAUAGUGUUUUGUGUUAAAAGUGAACAUAGAUAAUUUGAAUAUAAGAAAUGUGGUGAUCCAAUCAUAUCAUAAUCGACAUAACACUUAACACUUGUGUCAGACUUGUGCAAAUACAUAAAAAGUACACAAACAAACAUAAUAAUGGAAACAAACAUUUAAAAAAAGGAAUCAAUUGCUAAAAAAACCGUAUCUGUUAUAUUCAAAUAUCUAAAAAAUUCCCUAAAGUGUUUCAUCCUUAAAUAGUGAGAAGCGUUACUUCUCCGUCUGAACUAGGCCUUGUAAGUACUAUUUAUACCUAACUGUAAUAAUUAUAGGCUAUGCACCCAUUGACCAUUUUUCAUCCUAGUAUUAUUAGGGGGAUUUUAAAAGAGUGACCGAAUUUUUCCUCUCAAUUUUUUCUUCACAAAUUACUUUGAAUCUUGAUUUCUUCCGAUAUUGAUAGAGGGCAAAAUAGUGUAUUUUUUCCUACGUAUUUUAGAUGUUCGUUUUGUUGCUUCCAUAAUUAUAUGUACUUACUUCCAUGGGUACCCGUAGAAAAUGAAAUUAUCCUUGGGACACUUAGUAGGAAUACUAUUAAAGUAAAAAAAAAAAAAAAAUUGACUUAUUUUGCCACCGUUUGCCGCAUAUGGCCCUACGACUGUCCAUUAUAUGUACUUGUACUAUGCAUACAUAUGCGCGAGUUGCGGAAAGUUUCGAAAAUGUUGGAAAAGAUUAUGGAAAUUGUAGGAAAAUUAACAGGAAACAAAGGAAAUGGACAAUUUCGAUUCUCAUUCAAAAAUGUAAAAGUUUUAGGAUUUUUUCUAUGUAGAAAUUUCGGAAUUUUGGGAUCUUUUCGACGGCAAAUGAGUAAAUGUUUACUUUAAGGGAGUAAAACGGGCACUUUUUUGUAAAUCCCCACAAGGCGUGUAUGGGUUAGAGCGGGCUCAGCGUACAUGCCUGACGCAACCUGUGAUAUGUAUAAGCAACGCCCUUCUGCUUUGUUGAUGCUUUUAUAGUUCCGUAGUUACUAUUAGGAACCUGAGUUAUUCGCAGCGCACAUGGGAUUAAAAUAAGACAGGCAUUUUCAUCAGUAGAGCGCACAGUCUACAUAAAAAUACUACUCACUUGCUAGUAUGAGUUGCGUUCUCCCGACUCCAUUUAUCUAGCGCGACUUCAAGUAUGGACACGCGCGCAAAUACGAAACUCAUGCUAGCCGGUCUGAAGGCUGCAUUUUUAUAAUAGCAUGACGUCAAAAGAUCGCAAGGCGGUCUAUUCACGGAUGGUGCGACCGAUUGUAUUAUUAUUUUUUUUACCUUAUUGCAUUAUUUGCAAUGGCACACUGCACUGCGUCCGAUUCGCAAGUCGCUCCGAGGUUUGAGCGAGACAACGCUAUGAGUGGAUUAUAGCGACAUCUCGCUCGCACGUCGGAGCGACGUGCGAAUCGGACGGAUAUUAAGGUUCAUACAUAGUUAUGAACUUGACUGUACUUAUACCGCGCUCCGGACGUCUAUUUUCUAUGCCCGUUGCAAAAAGUGAGUCUCCGUUUUGCUAUUUCACUUGACAUUUUUAACGUGGAGUGUAGGUACGUCGCAAGAGACCGUGAAAAGGGCUAUUAAAAAGGGAAGGUUGGCGAGCGAGGAGUUUUUAAGGCUCAGUAGCAAAACUUGUUUUGGGCACAAAAGCUUUGUAUUUAUAUUCAUAUAGCACGUUUGACCAAUGGGAUUAAACAUGUUUCCGCUGCCUUCCAGCGUUUUUGUACGAAUCAAGUAUUAAUAUAAUCCAUUUAUUUUAAGUAGAACUUGUUUGUAAGUAUAUACUUAAUUAUUGUUACAAAUGUAAUAAGUACUGUUCAAUUUUUAUAGUAGACCGUUUUCUUUCACUGCAAUGUCGGCGAGUUUUUACAUGAGCAUUUAAUAAUAAGUAGAAAGAUCCUGUAGAUCCUUUUGUGUAUUUAAAGCAUUUUUCUCGCUUUUUUAUAGUUUUCAUGGCGAAGAGAUGGAAAUUGGAUCAUUGAUGGGUCCAAAUGUAAAGAUGUAUAGUUUACCUUUUAAUAUGCUUUUUUAAGUAUGUAAAUGCAUUUCUUACCAAAUAAAGAUCAUUCAUUAAGUUUUGAACUGAAGAGAAAGAUAAGAAUAAUAGUUGUAAAGUAACACUGUGAAUAUUUUCUGUGAUAUUUUAUUUUGAAUGUGAUGCUUAUUUAUUUUUGUUUUUUAUAGGUUUGACAUGACUUUAUAUCCCAAUGCACUUAAUUUAUUUGUUUAUUAAUUUAUUUGUUACUAUACAGACGAACCAAUAGACGUGCGGCACCAUAGAAGAAUUCGUGGCAACAAAAUAGUAGUUAAACUAAACAAGUAGGACACGUUCUUACAGCGGCGCUUCCAAUUUGAUUGAACUCACUAAACCGUACCUCUUAUACUUAGAAACGGUGUCCUAACAUCGUGUACCACACUCACUGUUAAAUAAUUGACGAUUUGAAAACCUUAAUGCAAUACCAUAAGGUUUACAAAUGGUUAGUUAAAAGAGUUGCAGUUGGUACACUCAAGUGUAAAAAUAUGGGUGUAGACAACUUACCUACUCAAAAAUAUGUCCCAUAGUUCUUAAUUCGCUGACAUAAGAGCUAACUACUACUUUGAGGUCACACAAAAAAAUAUUUGAUUUUGCACGUCUAUAAGUGUCGCUUAACUUCAAACUCAUUCGACCCUCAGCAAAUAUCUACCCUAUUACAGACAGAUGCAUUUACCCGAGUUUGAAGUUAAGCGACUCAAGUUCUCUCGCGUAAUAUAAUAAAAACCUAAUCCAUUCAUGUAGAACACCAUAUACCUACUUACUGUAAUGUAUCUCCAAUAUAAAAUACUCGUAAAUAUUUUAUAGCAGUCAAUGAUAUUAAUGUGAACUAAAAUGUUACCUAUACCUAAUAUUUGCGAAGUCAGUUUUUAUAUAAAUGUAUUGUAUUUUUUGUACAUAAGGUAGUUAGAUGAAAUUAAUUAUGUGCAAUUAUUACCACCUUUACGGCGCAAUACCAAAGGUAUUUUAUGUUCUGUAACUGUUGUGUAAAAUAUUUGGAGUUAUUAAAUUAUAACAUCAUGAAUGAA